CCUGACGUUAGCCGGUUGACUCCGCGCGUCAGACAAGGGGAUAACCAAGGAUGGAAGAAUUUGAAGAUGAAGCGGUUCUUCCUCCUCAGGACCUGGUUCAGUGCCACAUUUGUAACAGAAGCUUUUUCCCUAAAGUGCUGGAUAAGCAUGUAAAAAUCUGUCAAAAAGCAGCGGCCAAACGGAGGAAGGUGUUUGACUCUAGCAGACAGAGAGCUGAGGGCACAGACAUUCCCACACUCAAACCCCUCAAACCAAAGUCACAGAGUUCAUCUUCAUCUGUGAAAGCAGAACCUCCUAAAAAGCCCAGCAACUGGCGCAAGAAACAUGAGGACUUCAUUGCUGCAAUCAGGGCUGCACGGAACGUUUCUCAGGGCACGAAAGAUGGAGAACCUUUGCCCCCUCCUCCUCCUCCAAGUUAUGACCCAGACUACAUCCAGUGCCCUCACUGUCAGCGGCGGUUCAAUGAAAAUGCAGCAGACAGACACAUUAAGUUUUGUCAAGAGCAGGCCGCCCGGAUGGGUAAUAAGACCAAAGCAGAAGUGAAGAAACCCCCAGCUCGGACACAGUACAAGCCACCUGGUGUAAAAAAGAGUGCACCACCUCCUGCUUCUACCAUCCCCUCUGCCUCCUCUCGUUUACCACAAAGAGCAGGUUCAGGGCAGGCCACAGGGACUCCUGGUAAGGCGUCCUCAGCUGGUACAGUGAGAAAUAAUCCAUCUAGCCUCACAAGCCCACCCUCCAAUGUGGGCAUGAAACCGAGAGUCGCAAGCUCUGGUUACAGCUCUGUAAGAAACGCAUCUGGAGCUGGGGUCAACAAGAAGAAAGCGGACCCUUAUAUAUCUAGGAACGAGGUUGACGGCGACAUAGGAAACGGUGGAGUAAAGAGCAAGUUCUGUCAUGAAUGUGGAGCGAAGUAUCCGGUCGAAUCUGCGAAAUUCUGCUGUGAGUGUGGAGUCCGCAGGAUGUGCAUCUCAUCAGAGUCGUGUACAUAUCCUGGAGUACGGGAUGGAAACGCUCUGGCUCAUUUAAUAAACAAAACAAAUCUAGGGUAAAACGUCUCAAAACAUUAAAAGUUUAAUCUGAGAAUCUAGUUUCAAAGCAGAAGCAGGAUGUUUUAACUUGAAAUGAAAUUUUAUUACAAAGUCACUGUUACAUUACACCGCAAAAGCAUCAUUAUAGGAACAUUUUGGUUGUUUGGCAAUUCAUUUAGAACUUAUAAUUGGCACCAGAUGUGUAAAGUACUAGCUUAUUCUAAAGACGUUUGAUUGGUUACACUGCUCUGAGAGUAGGUUACACAGAUUACAUUUAGUUUACACGACACAUUUAGGGAACACAAAAGUUACAGGUGCGUUCAAACUGGAGCGCGUCACAAGCUGCAUGAGUAGAUAAGAAAACGGGCUUUCGUCGCGUUUAACUCCCACACUCCACAUUAUGCAUUCCUGAAAAACCCCGCUUUCUAGAAACGCGUAUCCCUCCUAAGUGCAAUAUCAACUACUACUGAAAAUGUGGUUUCGUGCAAAAGUCACUUAAAAAAGGCUCGCCCCUUCACUACCAACAUGUUUUUCUUAAUGUAGCAUUUUUAGAAAUAUAUCCUAUCGUUUUAUUAUUUGACAUGCUAUUUAUUUUCUUACUACAUUUCAAACAGCGACUGCGUUUAGUUACGACAUUUCAGAUUAAACUGUUUUUUUUUAAGCCGAAAUAGCCUUUUUUCUUUUUUUUUUAAAUUUAUAACACAGUAUUUCAGUUGUAUCAGCACGAUUUAAAUACUUCACCAUGUCUGAUUACCCCCAACAACCACAUUUCCUUUGUCUGUCUCUACACAUGUUGGAUUUUAGGUCACUUUUUUGUAUCUACUGUGUUCCUUUUGUGUAUUUAAUAUGAAAGACAUAACAUGUAAUCAAAUGUUAACCCAUAUUUUUCAUUCCAGCAUUUGAUCGGUUAUUUUUAAACUGUGGUCCUUAUGCAAUUGGCCGGUUAUAUAAUGAGAAAGUUGGAAGAAGAGACAAAAUCGAAUGAUAAAUGCAGUGUAUAACAGGUAAAAAAAAAUAGCCGUGCACCGUGCUGUAUGUAACGCCACGUAUCCAUCAUCAAUAAACCCUGGACACAGCUGUACAAAAGACUUGAGUGUUUGCUAUGCUAGUUUGCUACAUGUAGUUUUGUUUAAAUGCACUUUGUACUCAUUUAACCUCAUUUGUGUUUGCACAUAUACCCAGUGGUGGAAGGUAACGAAGUAAAAGUAGUAAAAAAAACUUAAGUAUCUGUGCUUUACUUAAGUGCAAAGUACAUUUUACAGUGGAUACGUUUAACUUCACUACAUUUGAGCGCAGUUUCUGUACUUUCUGCUCCACUACACAGUAUUUUUGAACAGGACUGAAAAGUAAAAAGUACUUUUCGCAUGAUUUGAGGGGUUGUUUUUACCAAGUUGGUGGAAAAAUCCUGACUAAAGCUUUUGAGUUCAAGUUUGGCUUUGAGCAAAACAAAAAUAAAUACACAAAAUUCACUCAAGAAAACUGAACUAACUGAUUCGUAUUGCUACUUUUGAACAAAAAUAGGAGUCAUUUUGAAUCAGUAUCACUACAUUUAACACUUUUUACUU